AUGACGCUCUACUACUCCCUCGUAUUCGCCCUGCUGGUCUUCGAAAUGGCCGUCUUCAUGUCCCUCAUCAUCCCCCUGCCCUUCAGCUGGAAGCGCAAGCUCUUCACCUUCAUCUCCGAGAGUCCACUGGUGGCUAAGCUGCAAUAUGGGUUACGAAUCACAUUUAUUUUCAUCCUCAUUCUUUUCGUCGACAGCGUCAACCGCGUCUACCGCGUGCAAGUCGAGCUGUCCAUGGCCAAGCAGCAGAGCGGAGCUGCCGCCGCCGUAGCAGGCAGCGAACGCAUGGAAGUGCAAGCCCGCAAAUUCUACUCCCAACGCAACAUGUACCUCUGCGGCUUCACCCUCUUCCUCUCCCUCAUCCUCAACCGCACCUACGUCAUGAUCCUCGACGUCUUGCGCCUGGAGGAGGAGGUCAAGCGGCUCAAGGGCGACAAGCCGGCCAACGACAAGGCGCAGAGUAAGCUGGGCGAGGCGGGCGAGAUGGGCGAGAUUGGCCGCUUGAGGGAGGAGUUGAAGAAGCGGGAUAAGGAUAUCGAGGUGCUCAAGAGUCAGAGUAAGGGGUUGAGCGAUGAGUAUCAGCGGUUGGGCGAUCAGUUCCAUGUGAGUGACGGCACGCCCAAGAAGAAUGUGUAA